AUAGAAGAACAUAGGAUUUGUGUCUGUGUGAGAAAGCGCCCUCUCAAUAAACAAGAGCUUCUGAAAAAGGAAUGUGAUGUGAUUACCGUUCCCAGCAAGUGCGUCCUGCUGGUGCAUGAGCCAAAGCAGAAAGUGGACCUCACAAAAUACCUCGAAACCCAAGCAUUUAGAUUUGACUUCUCAUUUGAUGAAGCCUCAUCUAAUGAAAUGGUGUACAGGUUCACUGCUAGACCUCUUGUAGAGACCAUCUUUGAGGGCGGGCAAGCAACUUGCUUUGCGUACGGUCAGACAGGCAGUGGCAAGACACAUACCAUGGGUGGAGACUUCUCUGGAAGAGCACAGAAUGCCUCAAAGGGCAUAUAUGCUUUUGCAUCACAAGACGUCUUCCUCCUCCUAGAGCAGCCCAGGUACAGGAAUCAGGACCUGGAAGUCUAUGUGACUUUCUUUGAAAUAUACAAUGAAAAGGUGUUCGACCUCUUGAAUAAGAAGACAAAGCUUCGAGUCCUGGAGGAUGGCAAGCAGCAGGUCCAGGUUGUUGGUCUCCAAGAGAUACAAGUCAGCUCCGCUGAGGAUGUCAUCAGGAUGAUUGAGAUGGGCAGUGCCUGCAGGACAUCUGGGCAGACUUUUGCAAACGCCAGCUCUUCACGCUCACAUGCCUGCUUCCAAAUCGUGCUACGCCGAAGAGGGAAACUGCUUGGCAAAUUUUCCUUGGUGGAUCUGGCAGGAAACGAGAGGGGUGCAGACACAUCCAGUGCGGAUCGGCAGACACGAAUGGAAGGUGCAGAAAUCAAUAAGAGCUUGCUGGCUUUGAAGGAAUGUAUCCGAGCUCUAGGGCAGAACAAAUCCCAUACCCCUUUCCGGGAAAGCAAGCUGACCCAGGUGCUAAGAGACUCCUUCAUAGGAACAAACUCGAGGACGUGUAUGAUAGCAAUGAUUUCUCCAGGCAUGAGUUCGUGUGAGUACACCUUAAACACACUGAGAUACGCUGACAGAGUGAAAGAGCUCAGCCCUCAUAAUGGAGGUGGUGAAGCACAGAACCAGAUGGAGACAGAGGAGACGGAGAUCAGUGAGGAAGGCUCAGGUUACAAUGUACGUCUCUCCAAGGAUGAGGAAGAAGAUAACGCUCCCCACCUGUUCAGCUUCUGUGAGGGUGUGACUCAAAUGAGUGAAUGGGAGGAGAAGGCUGUGGAACAGCUUAGAGAACUGAGACAGAGAAUGAUGACUGAACUCGACUACCUCUUGGGAAUCGCAGACCAACCAGCCUAUGAUGUCAACUCCUUUGUGAGCAGAGCUAAGCGCUUCGUAGAGGACAGCUCAAGAAACUUCCUUAGUGUUGGAGAAACAUUGGAUGCCUUGGAGGCUGCUGUGCAACUGGAGGGGCAAGCCAGCAAGCAGAUGAGACGGCAGAGGCCUUAG